GAUCAUCCCUUUUGAUCCAGCCAAAGAGCGCUCCUCAUCCCCAUGGUAACUGCGUUAGGCCCACGCGCAGACGGCGUGCGGCCAGGGUCAAAAUACACUUGCGAACAAGCAAUCAGUCCCUGCCUUCGAGGCGCUGGGCCUUUAAGUACCACGUGACUCCCUUCAGGCUGGUCCCUCUCCCUCUUCCCCCUCCCCAGGCCCCGGCGAGCGCUGCUGUGGACCAGAGCCUCCUGGCCAGCGGACUCACUGGACCUUGGACUCUGCAGCCCUUGAGGCCAGUGCCCUUUCCCGCUCUGGAAAGGAAGAGAAAUGGAAGUGAAAAAGUUGAGCAUUUCCUGGCAGUUCUUGAUAGUUCUGGUUCUGAUCCUGCAAAUUCUGUCUGCGUUGGCUUUUGACCCGUACAGAGUCCUAGGGGUCACCCGAAGAGCCAGUCAGGCUGAUAUUAAAAAGGCUUAUAAGAAGCUCGUCCGGAAAUGGCAUCCUGACAAAAACAAACAUCCUCAAGCAGAAGACAAGUUCAUUGAAAUUAGCAAGGCUUACGAGAUUCUUUCCCAUGAAGAAAAGAGAUCUGAGUAUGAUAUCUACGGACAGGGUAGAGAGAACCAGGACCACCAGAAGCAGCAAGAGCAUCGCUUCCGCCAGUUCCCAGGAAAUUUUUAUUUUGAGGAGUCGUUCAUGCACUUCCCCUUCGGUUCUGAGCAUCAGGAGCCCAUUGAUGAGAGACAUUUAUUGCACUUUUCAUAUUAUGUGAAUAAAGUGGUUCCCGAUAGCUUCAAGAGACCCUACCUCAUUAAGAUCACCUCAGAUUGGUGCUUUACCUGUAUCCACAUAGAGCCUGUUUGGAAAGAAGUAGUCGAAGAACUGGAAGGAUUGGGUAUAGGGAUCGGCGUGGUCCAUGCUGGGUACGAGAGGCGCCUGGCCCGUCACCUGGGAGCACACAGCACGCCCUCUAUCGUCGGAGUCAUAAACGGGAAAGUCUCCUUCUUCCAUAACGCGGUUGUCCCAGAGAACCUGCGGCAGUUUGUAGAGAAUCUUCUUCCAGGGAACUUGGUGGAGAAAGUUACAAAUAAAAAUUAUGUCCAAUUCCUCUCUGGCUGGCAGCAAGAGAAUAAACCACAUGUCCUUCUGUUCGACAAAAUGCCAGUUAUACCACUGCCAUUCAAGCUGACUGCUUUUGCACAUAGAGACUGUUUUUUAUUUGGAUAUGUGUAUGUCGGUUCGAGAGGCGCGGAAGAGAUGACGGGGCAGUACAACGUCAACGUCUAUGUUCCCACCAUCUUGAUCUUUAAAGAGUACAUAAACAAGCCUACAGACAUCAUCGAGGCCCCACAUACGAAGAAGGAGGUCAUUAAUGACUUCAUCGGCCAAAACAAGUAUCUAUUAGCAACCAGGCUCACCAACCAGAAGUUGUUCCAGGAACUCUGCCCCGUGAAGCGGUCUCACCGACAGAGGAAGUACUGUGUGAUUUUACUGAUUCCCGAGGCCACCAAGUCGAGUCAAGCCUUUGAGGCCUUCCUGUCCUUCGCGCAGGCAAACUCACAAGACACAUUGCGAUUCAUGCACGUCUACAGCAAUCGGCAGCCAGAGUUUGCCAACGCCUUCCUGCCAGACAGCGAGACGUUCCGAGGGAAGUCGGUGGUGUCUAUCUUUGAAAGGCGCAACAUGGGAGGCAGGGUGGUCUAUAAGACCCUGGAGGACCCCUGGACAGGGAGUGAGAAUGAUAAAUUCAUCCUUCUGAGUUAUCUCGAGCAGCUGCGGAAAGACUCCACUCUUCUGUCCUCGGAAGCUGUGCUCCCCGACUUGAUAGAUGAACUUGCCCCUAUUUUCCUCAUUCGGUGGUUUGUCACUGCUUUUUCCUACAUCUCAGACUGGUUGGAAGACCUGUAUUACAACAACUGGCGGGAAAUGAUACCCCUCCUGUCUCUGGCCUUCUCCGCCUUAUUCGUCCUCUUCGGCACCUUCAUCAUCCAGGCAUUCUGUGACUCAAACUAUGAUCGAGAGUCAAAAAAUCCAGACAAAAAGAAAGCCCAGGAGAAGGAGGAGAGGACCGUGUCCAGCUUCACCAAAGAGAACACCAGCAAGACCCCUAGAAAAGGCUUUGUGGAGGUGACGGAACUCACGGAUGUAACGUACACCAGUAACUUGGUGCGCCUGAGGCCAGGCCACAUGAACGUGGUCCUCAUCCUGUCCAACUCCACCAAGACCAGCCUCCUGCAGAAAUUCGCUCUGGAGGUCUACACGUUCACUGGGAGCAGCUGCCUGCACUUCUCCUUCCUGAGUCUCGAUAAACACCGAGAGUGGCUGGAAUACUUGUUGGAAUUUGCUCAGGAUGCAGCCCCGAUCCCAAACCAGUAUGACAAGCACUUCCUGGAACGUGACUACACGGGUUAUGUGCUGGCUCUGAAUGGCCACAAGAAAUACUUCUGCCUCUUCAAGCCCCAGAGAGCCGUGGAAGAGGAGGAAGCCUUGGGGGCAAGUGAUGUUGACCCCUCCUUGCCCCCGGGGGAAGCGCGAGGGCAGGCCGGCAGCCUUGGGUCCAAGCCCAUCAAAGGGAAACUGAGCAAGCUGUCCCUGUGGAUGGAGCGCCUGUUGGAAGGCUCCUUGCAGAGGUUUUACAUCCCGUCCUGGCCUGAGCUAGACUGAGGGGCAGCAGCGAGAGACUGGAACGCCUCAGACCCAUUGCAGGCCCCUGCGCACAGGUAUUUGCAGGACUCAAACUAUCACCACGGACAGAGUCUAGGUUUUAGAUGAUUCUUCUAGAGCAGUGGCCAGAAGAACCUUUCCUUUGUCCUGCUUUGUCCUGUUCUAACCUAGAGUGAAAAUAUUUUCCUUUGGGAUUUUCUUUCCUGUCUGAAUGCCGCACUAUUUAAAAUAGACCGCUCGUCCCUCUUCCCUACGGUCCUCCCGCGCUCACGCCCCCUCCCCUGUCCAGUGUCUGUGCCCGGGAGCACAGACAUUUGCCCUGCAGCGGUACCAGGAGCCUGGUGUGCUGGUCUCC